ACCGUGGAAUUAUCCGUCAAUACGAUUGGCUCCUUCGUUUAUCUUAUGUUUAACCGAAACUAAUUUAUUUUAUUCUUUUUUUUGCGCUCUUGGACCUUUAAAUAUACUGUACCGAUAAAAAUUGAUUAGGGAUGCUUAUUAAAAAAAUAUAAACUGUUAAUUUGCGUGGAUUUUAAAAAUGUCGUUGAACAUCGUGCCUGAUCGUGUCCUUCUCUUUUCUUUUCAUUCGCCCCACUACUGGCUGCUAAGGGGCGCGGAAUGUGAUCUGACAAUAUUUAUGGUAUGAAUUAUUUAUGCCGAUAGAAAAGAAUCGGACAUAAAUGCUAUAGCGAACAGCAGUCAUAGAAGUUAAGAUGUCGAUUAAUGUGGAUAUAAGGUUGAAGCGUGCUAGUAAAAUUUAUCAUGAAGGAGAAAUUGUAGCUGGUCUGAUUAUAUUACAAACAAAUUCGGAUAUUAAGCAUGAUGGUAUCUUUCUUACAAUGGAAGGUUCUGUAAACUUACAGCUGAGCUCCAAAAAUGUUGGCAUAUUUGAAGCAUUCUACAACUCUGUUAAGCCUAUUCAGUUGGUUCAAUAUACUUUGGAUGUUGCACCAUUGGGGAAGAUACCAAGUGGCAGAAUAGAAAUACCCUUUGAAUUACCACUGAAACCCCGUGGAAGCAAAUCUCUCUAUCAAACUUAUCACGGGGUUUUUGUAAAUGUGCAAUAUUUAAUUCGCUGUGACAUAAAGCGAAGUUUCCUUGCGAAAGAUGUCAGUAAAUCAUUGGAAUUCAUUGUAGAAGAUAAACCAAACCCUAAGGUUGAAAAGGAACAAAAUAAAAUUGUCUUGUUCAAAAUAAUGCCAGAAUCACUUCAAAAUGCAAGAGACAGAGCUAACUUGCCGUCAUUCCUCAUUUCCGGAAGACUUGAUUCAUUGUAUUGUAAUUUAUCAGAACCAUUAACAGGAGAGGUUAUUAUCGAGAAAUGUGAAGCUACGAUAAAAUCCAUUGAACUCCAACUAGUGAGAGUGGAGACUUGUGGUUGCGCUGAAGGUUAUUCCAGAGAUGCGACAGAAAUACAAAAUAUACAAAUUGGUGAAGGAAAUGUAUGUACAGGAAUCGGUAUACCAAUUUACAUGAUAUUUCCACGACUCUUUACCUGCCCUACUCUAAGCACAAGCAAUUUCAAAGUUGAGUUCGAAGUUAAUCUAAUUAUUGUGUUCGCGGAUGACUACCUCGUGACAGAAAAUUUUCCCAUUGUUCUCAAUAGACAUUAAAGGUAAGGUGAUGUGCUCUUAUAAGAAAUCAACACACGUUUCAUGUUUUAAAUAGUAUAUUGAUAAAACUUGGUUGGAUACGUAUGAGUAUAUUGUAGGUUUUAGUGUUUGGGUUCUCAGGUCAAUUACACAGAAUACCUAGACACCAAAAACCAUUACACAACAUGCUCAGACGAUAAGGAACGAAUAGGAAUAGUUAUGUAGAUAACAAAAACUAUGUCUAGGGAUAGGUACCUUGGAGAGUUUUAUAAUAAAUAUACGUGUUAGCAAUUUAUCUAUUUUAAAGUU